AUGCUUCGUAAUCGUUAUGGGUUAAAGGAUAGUUCGAGCAGUGAAGGAUUGGCACCCAUGACCAAGGAGGACAAGCUACGUAAUCAUCGUGAUAAUUGUGUGGAUAUUGAUGCUUUCUGGAAUGCGGUUGAAGCCUGUCAAACCGAACAAGAAGAGCUGGAAAUAACAAAGGCAAUUUUUCAACGAAAUAUUUCAUGGCACAUUGGACCCAUUUUAUGA